AGUAUUCGUAUUGCUUCCACGUACUGAAGAAUAUUCGUGGUUACCGGGCAGCGCACAGCCCAUUGCCAUAAUAAAUCACUUCCUCGGUUGAUCUUGAUCUCUGUUUUUGGAUGUUGAGAAAGGUGGUGGAGAGCAAGAGCCUCUACAGAUCUUUUUGUUUUCUGUCUCUGUCUUUGAUGUCAUGCAUGUGCACAAACGCCAGCGCCCAACCUCGCCUUAUACAGCUGAGUUCCAAGAAUUUUGAAGGUGUCACCCAAGCCUCAACUGGGCAGACCACUGGAGUCUGGUUUGUGCUAUUCACUUCCUCUGUAGAGCCGAGCCUGCAGCCGCUCUCAGAAGCCUGGGCGCAGCUGGGUGAAGAGCAGUCCGGAGAGCCCAUCCUGCAUGGCUUGGUGGACACUGCCGAGGAUCCCCACCUAACAGAUCGCUUCAAGAUAUCGGGCGUCCCAACAUUCUUGCUUUUCCGGGACAGAAAGAUGUACAAGUAUUCUGGGGUUGACACUGGCGCGGACGCUUUGGGACAUUUCAGUAGACAAGGAUACAAGAGCAGCGAGCCUCUGCUUGUGCCGCCAGAGCCCUCUCCUAUUGAAGCAGCUUUGGAUGCGUUGAAGAGCAACAGCAAGCUGGCGAUCGCUGGCGCUACCCUUGCUUUUUUGGCAGUGACUUCGGCAUUGCUCUUAAGGCAAGGCAAGCCGGCAAUUGACAAGGCCAAGAGGGAAAAGACCACAAAAGAAGUAAAAGCGCAAUGAGGAUAUUGUACUGCUUGGCCGAAGAGUUGUUGUGACACGCGGUACAUGAGGCACUAUGUGGGAAUCAUCUCGAAGCCUUGCAUUCUGCAAUUUUGCACCCAUGUGUGCACAGCCUGAAGCCAAUUAGUUGAUGCCCCUGCAAUUGCUUGGGCUGUGCAGAAAACUUGGCGAUGCAAUAUCAUAUCGAUAUUAUGAUUUCAUCGGCAUCUUCGUCAACAUAUUAUCGACAUCAUGAUAUAAUGAUAUUAUUAGCAGCAGGAUAUUGGAAUCCUUUUAAUGUCAUUUUCGGAUCUCUUGCUUGGUUACGCAAAUGUCUCUUGAUGUCCCACUUCAAUGCAACAAAAUGACCAAGGCAAACUAAUGUACUCCCCAUUGUAAGAUUCAUUUCCAUGGC